UGCUUGAUUUCAACAGGAUCAUCAGUGUAUAACAAUUCACAGGGCUAUACAAAUACUUUCAAAAUUAGUAAGAUUACCACUUUCAAAUGGCUAACAAUUUGAACUCUGAGCACUCUAAUUCUGCGAUGGCUUCCUCGGACGGAAACCUCAAGUCCAACUAUUCCGCCGGCUCCGUUAUCGAUGAUAUCAUAUCCAAGUCGCUGCCCUCCCAGGCAGCUUCAACUCGCAUCUCAUUUCGAUCUCUGUCCAGAAUUAUAAUGACUCUGAUAAAAAACCUCAAGACGGCAUCAUCCUAUCCUGUGCCGAAGGACAUCGACUACUGGCGUAAUCUUGCCCAGUACCUUGAGGAGACCAACAAACGCUAUGAGGAGAUCAUCGAAAUGCAGAACAAGCGAGUCCAUACCCUGGAGAACAGACUCCAGACCCUGGUCAACUUGGCUCGCGAGACCCAGAAAAUGCUGGCCGAGAUUGGGGCCGAGAAGCGGGCCAGAGAGGAAGUUGGUCAUGGCGAGCACGCCGAUUAGAUCAUUUUGUAUCAUUUCUACUUUCAAAUUUUCCUUAGUCUUGCAUAACGUAGUUCAUUCAAGUUGGUAUGUAAAGUUAAAUAAAUGAGUACUCAAAAUCAAGUU